AUGAGGUCCAACACUUCUAGACAAUCCAAUGCUAUUGCUGCUCCUGAUCCUGCUGCUGCUCCAACAUCUGUUGUAGUUGAAGCUGAAGCUAAAGCACCUAGAGCUGACGCGGUUUUUGCUCUAGUAAUCUCGACCACCGAAGUUGUACCAGCUGAGCCAUCAACUGCCACCAAAGGAGUCACCCUCAGGGAUUCUGCAUCCCAAGGGGAGCAAAGGGAAGGAGAGUCUGCUCCAUCAAGGAACUUGGACCCCAAGUCAAAAGGCAAGGCAGUCGUUGAAGAAAGGAACAUGAAGAGAGACGUCAUGAAGCAAAUCUUGGUUGCUCUGCAACAACCAAUCCUGGUAGUUGAACCGUCGUUCACUGCUGAUGACCGUUACCAGCUAUAUCAGGGGGAGACAGCAAUAGAAGCUGGUCCUUCCGAUGCUGCUGUUGCUGUUGUUUCAGCGACUAAAGCUGAGGCUGAAGCUGAAGGUGAAGCUACCGUUGCUGAUGACUCUCCAACUUCUUGUGCAGCUCCCGUAGUUGAGGAUGUUGAUGCCGCCCGAGCUGAAGCUCGUGACAAUGAUCCUACAGUCACCUCUGCAACAGAUGCUGGUGAUCUGGAUGAUGAAGACAGUGAUGAUGAAGAGGAUGAUGAGUCCCCCGACCUUCCUAACACUGGCAAAGACCUAGACGAUGAAAACGACGAUGACGACAACAUCACGAUUGAGUACCAGAGACCUGUCGGUGCCACGAAAGGCAUCUCCCUUAGGGAUUCCGCAUCCCAGGGGGAGCAAGGGGUGAAAGAGGCUGCACCUGAAGCAAACCAGGGCCCUAAGUCGAAAUAA